AAAACUCACUCUCUAGAAACAGGAACAUAUGCAGGACUUUUUUUUUUUCAUUUCACUCUUCUUUGUUUUAAGAGUUAAUAAGUCUUUUUUAGAGUUUUAAGACUUUUAAGAGUUAAUAAGUCUUUUGUCUAACACUUUACCUGGCUUAAAGGAAAAUCCCAAAGUGUGAUGCCCCUCACAGCCCUGCUGCAGGACUGCUCUUCUGACCAGCGCCUGCCCAGUGGGACCCCCGACCUCUGAUGGCUCCCUGGAGGCUUUCCGUGCUCGCCGUGGCUCUGGUGUGGGGCUGGGUGCUGGCCUCCUCCUCCCCCAGCACAGUUGCUCCCCCACGAGACCUUCGGAUCACUGACCCUGGGCUCCUGGGUUCUCUUGAUGUCGAGUGGAAGCCUCCGCUCCACGUCCAAACCUUCAAGAAGUGCACAGUAAAAUACAAUUUUGAAUAUCGCAACACUGGGGAUAGAGACUGGAAGGUUAUUUUUACUAGGAAGCUAAAACUCAGAGUUGGAUUUGACCUCAGCAGGACUGCUGAAGUGAGGCUGCAGACACUGCUCAAAGGACAGUGUACAGGUGACAUGGAGGUGCAGAGUGACUGGAUUUAUGCAACCUUUCAGAUCCCACCACAAGGAAAACUUGAAUCAAAGGUCCAGAAUUUCAACUGCAUCUAUCAUGACUGGGAAUACUUGAAGUGCACCUGGCAGCCAGGUCUCCUCACACCUCAUGGUGUACAUUAUGGGCUAUAUUACUGGUAUGAGGGGCUGGAGCAGGCGGUGCAGUGCGAUCACUACAUCCAGGAUCAUGGCAUAAACCUCGGCUGCGUGCUACACAACCUCAGCCAGGCAGAAUACCAGGAUCUGAACAUUUGUGUCAAUGGCUCAGCAGCAGCCAGUCUGCUACGGCCACUGUACACCACCCUUCAUCUUCACAACCUCGCAAAGCCCUCAGCCCCGGAGCAGCUGGUGGUUUCCGUGUCUGCAGCCGAGGAGCUGCUGGCGGCCUGGAGCCCCCCGGGCGGGCGGGUGCCGCCGCACUGCCUGGAGUACGAGGUGCAGGUGGCAGAAGAUGCGGGGCCAGCCGCGGCUGCCUGGGCGUUUGUGUCAACCCAAAUGGAAACUGCUGUAACAAUUUCCAGAGCAAAUCAAAGCCACGUUUCAUGUGUUCGUGUCAGGGGUAGAACAAACAUUUUUUGUGCAGACCAAGGCUUUUGGAGUGAAUGGACGCAGGAUUGUUUCUCUGUGUCCAGAAAAGAGGACAAGGAGCUAUUUAUCCUCAUUCCAAUCAUCCUGAGUUUGUCAAUUACCCUAAUAAUAUUUAUGUUGUUUGGCCAGUGCAAGAAAAGAUCCCCAGCAGGAAAGCCAUUGCAUGCAUCUGUGGGAUAUUAACUGCCUGUGCCUCCUGUACUGAUCAUGUUUGGUGGGUUGCUCAUGGAACCAUCCCAAGGACAGCUGAGGAGCCCUGAGCUUUCUGCAGCCCAGGUGUGUCUUCCCUGCCUGCUGCCACUUGUGAAGGCAGUUGUUGCAAUCCCAGUCCUUAACAGGCCCAGGAAAACUGGAGGGGCUUAAACUGGCUGCAGGAAAACUGGAAGAGAUCUAAACUGACUCUGAAGCAAGGUAUUUCUGAUAACAGGACAAGGGAGAAAAGAGAGGCAGUGGAAACUGCCAUGAAUAAAGGUAACAUGCUGUUC